AAAAUUUUCUACAGUCAUUAAACAGCAUCAUAAGCAACUUUUGGUGGGGAGACAACUCUGAUAGAAGAAGAAUCCAUUGGUUAAGAUGGGAUUUAAUUUGUAGACUAAAGCAACUUAGCAGAUUAGGCUUUCGAGAUUUCAAAGCUUUCAAUUUAGCUAUGUUGGCAAAGCAAAGCUGGCACAUGAUGCAAGAUAAGAAUACCUUAUGCUAUCAAGUGUUUAGAGCUAAAUAUUUUCCACAAUGGUGACUUAUUGGGAGCUACUACAAGGGCUAAUGCUUCUAUGGUAUGGAGAAGGGUUAUUGAUGGCCCAUGAGCAUGAAAUCCAUACGGAGGGUGAACCUGAUCCUACUGACAUGCAGGGUUACAAUUACUUGGUUAACGGAGACAGAGAGGAGGUAGAAGUCACAGCACCGCUUUAUCAGAAGCAGGUGGACAUUACAAAAGCUGAAAUUGUCACCCUGCAGAAAGUCUGGCAGUGUCAAGGGAAGCUUCUAAGAGGGGAAACAGGGCAACGACUGAAGGAUAUCUGCCUCUCUUUUGCCUUAUUUAGGCUACUUUACCGGAGAUUUGGCGGUCAUCCCUUUUCUGAGAGGGGCCAUGACAAGACAUGGAGGCUUGUACAAAAAGGUCUACUUUCCGAAGAAGGUGAUUAUAACAAAGUAUUCAGGGUCAUCGAGGUAGAACUCUAUUUCCUCUUUGACCUUUUCUACACCAAGUACGCGGUCAACUUCAAGGGAGGUCAAGGAUUCAACAAAUUCAAGCUACUUGAUGCUAUAUUCAUGGUACUUGGUUGCAUCGUUGCGGGCAAAAUCCUGAGUGAUUAUGAGCCAAGUGAUGACCUUAAUCUCAUUAUUGUUGGUUAUAUUAGCGUUGACAAGCUAGUUACAAGAUGGAAAUUGAGGCAUCUAAUCUCUGGUUCUUUAGAUGUUCCCAGACAAGGUCUGAAGGGCAGCCAUCAUAUCCCUUUACCUGAACAGCAUUUGGCUACUAGUCUCUGUGAGAUUGCAACAAAAGAAAAGAGUACUUUAAAGACUAAAGAAGAUUUCACUGUUGCCACUAAGUUGUCUGAUUAUUGUGCCUAUCUUGUGGCUUUUGCUCCAAGGUUGAUUUUUUAUGAGGCUAUUGUUGCUGAAUCCAUAUUCGAUGAGGUCUUGGCUGAUUUCUGGGCAGAGCUCAUGUUAUUUCUAGCACCCACUGGUGAUCCAAGAGCUCAUGCAGAAUAUCUAGCCAAAGGUGGACAGUUUGUAACCCAUUUAUGGGCGUUGCUCUCACAUGCAAGCAUUCUCCCUCAGUCAUCGACUUCACAAGAUGUUUAAUGGCAUGUUUAUGCAUAUCAAAUUAUGCUAAGCUCUCCUAAACCUAGUUUAUAAUUUGUAUUAAUUAGUAACAGUUUGGGUGUUUGAUCAACUGUGUUUAGUAUAUAGGAAACUAGACUUAACUUUUAAGUUGUGGUGUUUAAUAUCAUGCAUUGUGAUCAUAUGUAAAUGCCAACAUAUAUAAUAUAAGUGAUCGACAAUU